AUGGUAGAGGGGUGGGAUGGCAUGGGGAGAAAAAGGCUUCUAAGAUUCUUGUGGACAGAACAGUGGAAGAGAAUAGGAAGUCAGAAGCAGACUCAGUUACACAGAGGACUUCAGUGAGUGAGAACGUGGAGUAUUAAACCACAGGAAGCCGUCGAGCCUUUUGAUAGGUGGUAUUGGGACAUCUGGGCUGUCAUCCUAAGGGCAGCCUGCCAGCCAGUGCCUGACGAAACUACAAAUGGACAUGCCCUUUGACCCUGCAGUGUGCUUCUGAGAGGUCAUCCUGCGGUGAACUUGCACACGUGGGAAGCAGAGUGUCUAAGAGCUGGUGCGCCUCCACGUCGACUGUAGCAGUGUCGUGUGGGAAGCGGCUUAAAUGUUCGCCGGUGGGAGCUCGUUAAAUAAGAGGUGGUGUCCACAUGGUGGAGUUCUGGGAUGUCAUGGAAAUGAACCAGGAAGCUCUCUCUGCGCUGGUUUGCAAACGUCUCCCCAGUAUAUUAAGUGAAAAAAGCAAGGCUUGAAACACCGUGCAGGCUAUCUUCCCAUUUUUGUAACAAGAAGGGGAAUAACGGAGACGUGUUUGCUGGUGAACGUGUGAACUGUUUCUGAAAGACACACGCAGCUUGACGACUGUUGGCUGUGGGUCAGGGACUGGGGGCUGGGGUGACGUUGGGGAGAGACUUGUCCGUGUGCGCCCCUUUGUACUGGACAUCUGGACCUUGGGUCUCGAGGCCUCGAAGCGUUCUGAGAAUCCAGGACAAGGUCCAGCAGGACCUUGGGCAGGGCCUGGGACCAGGGCUGUGAGGGCUCCAGGAGGCGUCCUGUCCUGCACUCUGCUCGUCUCUGCAGACCGUCUUCCUCCGCGGCGUGGGUGCUUGGUAGCUGAGAGGUAUCAGCCUGUCCGUGCUUAAGGUGUGCAUCCCUUCUGCUCAGGAGAUCAGCCCCACCGCCCAGAAAACAGAGAGAGACACGGGGCAGCCCAGACUGGACUCUUGGGCCUGUCCUGUGUCCCUCCUGGAGAGAAUCCUCUUGGUCCAGUGUAUCUACUGGUCUGUUCAGCUGUGGCCUCGAGGACGGGCACAGUUAGGACAAGGACUUUCUGGGAGCCCACCCAGCAAAGACCAUUGUGAGCUGAACGUCACCAGAAAAGGAAGGUGCCGCCAGCUUCUAGGUCAGUCUGGGUGACAUUGGAAAGGAGUGACGCACCCUGAUAGUUCAGAGGCGAGUGUCAGGGAGUGUUCGUGCAUUGAGAUAGCCCGGUUCCUGGGAGGAAACGUCAUCUGAGCUCCAGCUUCCUGGGGGAGGUGGUUAUGAUGGGGGAGGGCCACAGGACGUGGUGAGCGUUGCUUCCCCCUGAAUAUGAUCAGGUUUUAUUUCACGUUUCGACACCAUCUUUUGACGCCACUAAGUGGUCACUUAGUGCUUGCUCUGUAAAGUGGGGCAUCACCCCAAUGACAAGACGUGCCACAAGAGGCGCCUGUCAUCUGUCAGCGCAGGCAGCUGGCUCAGUGGGUACUGGUGGCGCUGGAGCUCAGGGAGGACAGGCGUGGAGUGGCCACGUGUCCCUGGGUUCUGACCCUUCUCCUGGGCCUCUGAGGACUUUGCCGAGGCUGUUCUGGAAACAUAGUGAUGCUCAUGCCUGUUCACCCUCCAUGACCAGCAGGAUGGGGUCACCUGGUUGUGCAGUGGUCCUAUUUCGGGGCAGGAUUGGGGUCGCCUAGCUGUGGAGUGGUCCUGUUUGGGGGCAGGAUUGGGGUCACUUGGUUGUGUGUUGGUCCCAUUGAGGGGCCAGGUUUCCUUCAGGGACCUUGACGGUUAAUACUGGGGCUUCGUAGACUGGAUGCCUCGCCCAGGAAUUCCUAAGUCAGGCUGCCCAAGGAGGGCCUUUCCAGGAAUGGCCUGGAGAGACUGUUUUCGAGAAGAAAGGCCUAGGGCUGUUCAUUUAGGCCUGGAAGGCACAUACGUGGAAGUGGGCCCGCCCUCCUCCCCCCUGCAGCCUGGGCCUUGCUGAUCUGUCACGGCACCUUUCCUGCUGACCCUGUCCUGUCCAUCUCAGCCUAGGACCCAGUGCCGUUCACAUGCUGGGGCAGGAGCUGGGAGCUCUUGGCUGCCCCCAGUUCGUGGGGCUGUGCCUGCCGCAUGGGCUGUGCCUCCCUGGAAAGCCCUGUAAAAGAUGAGGGCCCCCCGCCACCUCUCCGCACUCCCCCAUUUCCAUGUGGGCCAUUGGGGAGCACUCAGCACACAGUCUGAGAGAGCCAGACAACCACCAGAGCAUGAGAUCCGAAUGAGGGAGCCUCCGAACCUCGUCUGUGCCAGAGCACGGAGACCAACCUGGGCGCGUCGAGGGGCCCAAGCACAGGCUAGUGGUCUGGGCCUGUUCCUGCACCUCCAGCCCAGUGCGGUGGCUGCCUCCCUCUCACGUGGAGACUCUCCUUCCACCAGUAGUCUCUGAGCCGUUCUGGUCUAGGAACUGGGCACACAUCAGCCAGACACACAGACUGUGAUCAGAUCGACACGCACAAUACCAGCCCAGAAGGGUGAGCUGGGCAGUGCCCUGACCUACAGCACUGGGUCCAGGAGUGCUCUCAGCAGGAGCUGGGAUCAGGGAAGGAAGUGGCGUUUUGUGGGACCAACGGGAAGAGCAGGAGCUACCUGGCGCUGGCAGUGAAGGCGGCCAGGUGGCCAGGGUGCAGAGCCAGUAGUGGCAGAGCUGGAAUGACACCAGGGCUUCCCCCCACCCCCGCCUCUAGCCCCUGCGCUUGGCCCUCCUCUCUUACGAUUCACAGGCCCUGAGGACUAAGCUGCUUUUGUGGGGAGCAGGCGUAAGGAAUGGCCAGAGCCCAGUCCGAGGAUCGCGACACUGAGCCUGCAGCCAACCAGCAAGGCUUGCGUGGGGCCUUCCCGGCUGCUGGCAGUGUUCAAGGCCACUGGGGCCCUGAGUCCCUUAGAGAACCUGUCUGGUCAGCGGGGCCUUUGACUCCCGGGGCAGCGGGGCAUGGCUUUGGAUGAGCAUGUCCCAGCCCCACUGGAGCGUGGGGCUCGCUCGUGGGACGGUCCCGGCCCGGAGCCUGCCUGCUUGGUGCCCGCCUGCCCGGCCCCUUCCUGUUCCUGUGCCUGGACCUCUGCGCUGGAGUCUAUUUCCUGCUCUUCCUGGAGCCUCAGGGCGUCUGGCUCCCCAGCUGCACCCCUGUUCCCCCAGCUGGAGAUGGAGCUGAAGAUGCUGAAGUCUCAGUCGGGCCCUGCCGACCAGAGCUUCCUGUUCUCCAGGGAGGAGGUGAACUCACUCAGGUCGAAGGUUGAGGAGCUGGAAGGGGCACGGAGCCGUCUGGAGGAAGACAAGAAAAUGCUGGAAAUGCGGCUUGAGCGGCUCACCCUGCAGGGCGACUAUGACCCGAGCCGGACCAAGGUGCUGCACCUGCGCAUGAACCCGGCCAGUGCGGCGCGGCAGCACCAGCACGAGGAGCACGCCCAGCUGCAGGAGGAGUGCGAGCGGCUGCGCGAGCUGGUGCGUGCCCUGGAGAGGGGUGGCCCUGUACCUGCCGGCCUGGAAGCCACCGCGGCUCUGCCCUCGUCCAAGGAGGUGACAGAGCUGAGGAAGCAGGUGGAAAGUGCAGAGCUGAAGAACCAGCGGCUGAAGGAGGUCUUCCAGACCAAGAUCCAGGAGUUCCGGAAGGCCUGCUACGCGCUCACGGGCUACCAGAUAGACGUCACCGCGGAGAGCCAGUACCGGCUGACCUCCCUGUACGCCGAGCACAAGGCCGACUGCCUCGUCUUCAAGGCCACAGGACCCUCGGGCUCCAAGAUGCAGCUGCUGGAGACGGAGUUCUCGCGCACGGUGCAGGAGCUCAUCGAGCUGCACCUGCUGCGCCAGGACAGCAUCCCGGCCUUCCUCAGCGCCCUCACCCUCGACCUCUUCAGCCGCCAGACCGUGGCCUAGCCUGCAGCCACGGGCCCACCAUGGCCAUGCCCUUGGCCUCCAGCAGGUCCCCGCCCCACCCAGGCAGCUGUGCCAUCCCACCCCUGCCCACCCCCCACCCGGCCCAGCUUCCUCGGCCCACGUCCCACCUCUGCCCAGACAGGGCAGCGUCAUGACAUGAUGGGGCCCCCUGAACCCCGACCCAGUCACCCCCUCAGCAGCCAGCACUCCGCGUGCAGGACCCCUGUGGGCACACCGCUGGCCAGCAGGGGUUAAGCUGCUCAGGGAUGCCCCACCCCGUCCCCCUGGAUCCCUGAGCUCAGGGCCCACUCUGCAGUCAAGGGCCUGCACCGUCCCCCCCUCCCUCCUCCCCACCCUCCGUCCUGGAAAAGUGGUGUGAGGCUGCUUUUGGGGGUGGCCUAGGGGGCAGUGCUCUGUGGCCCCGCUUCCUGUCCCCUCCCCAUGGUGUCCCACCCCCCACGCUGCUGAAACCCGGCUGUGCCCGGAGCCUGGCCAGUGGACCUUAUGAAAUAAAGUUUCCUCCUUGGCCACCCUG